GUCGGCGCAUGCGCGUCACGGGGGUGGGGGAAAAGGCAAGGAAGCCGGGCCGCGGCGAGGCCCAGAGACGGCGCCAUGGCGACCCGGGCGUCGGGCAGCGUCGUGUCGGACCCGCAACACCCGGCGCGGCUCCUGCGGACCCUCCGCUCCUUCCACCAGGAGGGCUUCUUCUGCGACGCCCACCUGGUGGUCGACGGCGAGGAGAUCCCCGUCCAGACGAACAUCCUGGCCGCCGCCAGCCCUUACAUUAGAACAAAACUUAACUAUAAUCCUCCAAAGGGUGAUGGGUCCACAUAUAAAAUUGAACUUAAAGGCAUACCUGUUGACACUAUGAAAGAGAUAGUAAACUACAUCUUCAGUGGCCAGAUCAGACUAAGUGAAGACACAAUCCAAGAUGUUGUGCAAACUGCUGAUCUGUUGCUGAUGACAGACCUCAAGGCGCUGUGUUGCGAGUUCCUGGAGGGUUGCAUUGCUGCCGAGAACUGUAUCGGCAUCCGGGACUUUGCCCUGCUCUAUCGCUUGCACCACGUGCACUACCUUGCCUCUGAAUACCUGGAGACGCACUUCCGGGACGUCAGCAACACAGAGGAGUUUCUGGAACUGAGUCUUCAGAAGCUGAAAGAAGUGCUCUCUUUGGAGAAGCUGAAUGUCGGGAAUGAAAAGCACGUGUUUGACGCCGUGGUUAGGUGGAUCUCCCACGAUCCUGAUUUAAGAAAGGUCCACAUGAAGGACGCGAUGUCGGCCGUCUGGGUGUCCGGGCUCGACCCUGCCUACUUGCGCGAGCAAAUGAUGAGAGAGCCCUUGGUACGGGAGAUUGUCAGAGAGUGUAGCAAUAUCCCCCUCACUUCGCCCCAACAGGGUGGGGAGGCAAUGCUGGCUUCUUUCAAACCCAGAGGAUAUUCGGAGUGUAUUGUGACGGUUGGCGGUGAAGAAAGAGUGUCUCAGAAGCCCUCCGCAGCAAUGCGAUGCAUGUGCCCGCUUUACGAUCCUAAUAGACAGCUGUGGAUAGAGCUGGCCCCUAUGAGUAUACCCAGGACAAACCACAGCGUGGUUUCAGCAGAAGGAUUCCUGUUUGUCCUUGGAGGUCAAGAUGAAAAUAGAGUUACCUUGAGCUCUGGAGAAAAGUAUGAUCCAGAUACCAACUCUUGGACCCCUUUGCCGCCAAUGACAGAGGCACGGCACAACUUCGGUAUGGUUGAAAUUGAAGGAGUGUUAUAUGUUCUGGGUGGUGAGGAUGGCGAGCGAGAACUUGUCUCCAUGGAGUCUUAUGAUAUUUACAAUAUGACGUGGACCAAACAGCCAGACAUGACCAUGGUUAGAAAGAUCGGUUGCUAUGCAGCAAUGAAAAAGAAGAUCUUUGCAAUGGGUGGGGGUUCCUACGGCAAGCUCUUUGAAUCUGUUGAGUGUUAUGACCCCAGGACCCAGCAGUGGACAGCCAUCUGCCCAUUGAAAGAACGACGGUUUGGAGCUAUGGCGUGCGGAGUAGCUUCCGAGCUCUACGUCUUCGGCGGAGUGAGAAGUCGUGAUGAUAACCAAUCCAAUGAGAUGGUGACGUGUAAAUCAGAGUUCUAUCAUGAUGAAUUUAAGAGGUGGAUCUACCUGAAUGAUCAGAACCUGUGCAUCCCAGCCACGUCUUCAUUUGUAUAUGGAGCUGUACCCAUCGGUGCUAGCAUUUACGUGGUUGGAGAACUUGAUACAGGAACCAAUUACGACUAUGUCCGAGAGUUCAAAAGAAGCACCGGGACGUGGCACCAUACAAAGCUGUUGUCGUCUUCCGAUCUUCGCCGGACGGGAUGUGCCGCUUUACGUAUCGCGAACUGCAAGCUUUUCCGGCUCCAGCUCCAGCAAGGCUUGUUUCGCAUCCGUGUUCUGUCACCUUGAGGGGCCUUCUCAAAGCGGAGGAGAUGGAAAGAAGCCGGGAGGGAGGGAGGGAGGGAG